CCCACCACUGUUGCUCUUUAUAAGUAGCGAGCAAUGCAAUUUCUUACUCAUACCACCCCUUGACUUUGGUCUUCUCCCUUGACUGAGACAGCAAUCUCUUUUUCCUUGCUAGUUUCUUUCUCUUUUGUUCGGUGAGAAGGCACUGAACUCAUCUCCUCUUUAAGGUCUCAUCUUGGUAGACAUACAUUCCUCUUCUCCAACUUUAGUUCAUCUUCACAUCCAACUCAUCCAAGCUUUAUCAUAUUCCUCUUUAUUUUCAUUUAUCCCCGAAAUAAUAAUAGCAUCAAGCUCUAUGGCUUCUUCACGUGAUUCUAGCUCCCACUGGACUCCAAAGCAAAACAAGCUAUUUGAGAAGGCACUUGCUGUAUAUGACAAGGACACUCCAGACCGCUGGCAAAAAGUGGCCGCUGCUGUAGGUGAGAAAUCAGCCGAGGAAGUGAGAAGGCACUACGAGAUCCUAGUGACGGAUCUCAUGUAUAUUGAAUCUGGUCAAAUCCCUAUACCCAAUUACAAAAGUACUGGGAGAAACAGAAGAUGAAUUGCUGGUGAGCAAAGGUUUAUGAAGAAUCUAAGGCUCCAAUGAAGCAAAAGUUUCAGCUAAAUUAUCAGAGGAUCUGUAAAAACUAAAAAAAAAAAGGCAUAAAUAUAAAGAAAUUGAGAAUCAGCAUCAAGAUUCUCCCUAUCUUUGGCUCCAAAAAUAUAUAACAAAAAAUCGAACUCUAUAAUUAUUAUUAAGCUUGUAAGUUUUGUACGGGAUUUUCUAGUUUUAAAUAAAAAUAUUAGUAAUAAUUGUUCUGUGUUUUGUCUA